CAUUAGCCGAGCUAUUAUGUGUUUGUGUGAAAUAUUUACGUAUUUUUAAAGGUUAGUCUGUAGUAUAGACUUUCCUAUAAUUAGACUCUCCUCGAAGUGCAAAAAUAUUAUUGAGGACACAACACCCAUGCUGGUUUGGUAUUUUCAGAAAGACAAAAGUUUUUCUACUUGUUUUAUUAGCAAGAAGCUAACUGGCUAGCGGUAGGGGGCAGAUAAAGUUGCUAUUAAGAUAUUCAUCUUAAAAUGCCCUUCACUGGAAGUACAGAGAAUGUCUUGCAGCAGGUCAACCAGUUUUGGGCCAUGCUGGAUGAUCUCUCUGAAAAUGAUCCCGCAGCCUACCGCAAGUUAAUUGAGAAACAGAUGAAGGAAAGAGCUGAAUUCAGUUCACCACCUGUGCUCCACUCUUGUGUGCGCACUCAAAUGCUGGAACCAAAAACAGGCUUGCUGUACAUUAAUAUAUGCAGCUGGAAAUGUGUGCCUGCACCCCAGGAUCUAAGCAGCCCUUUAUCAGUGUGUGCAGGAAACCUGGAAACAGGCACAGAUGAAAAUCAAGGCUGGUUUGCUGUGUUGGAUUUGGCAUUAAAUCCUGCAGUGCUACAAGAAAGCAAUGCAGAUAAAACUGACAUUAACAAGGUCUAUGUGCUAGCCCUGAGCUUUGCCCAGCAGCAGCAUGGGAUGCGGUUAUCUCAGGAGUAUAAUGUUGUCAACUGCAGCCCAAAAAGUAGUCCAGGUGACUUACAUCACCGGCUUGGGUUUCAAACACAGCCCAACACCUCCACGCAAACAGAAACAGCCAGCCAGACUCCAGGUGCCCUCCUGAGGCAGAUCUCUUCUCUACGAUCAGUGAAACAAGACGAGGUCUCCACAUCCCAAAUUAUUAGUAAACCCACAGAGCACAUAAAGAAGGAUUUGAUCCAGGUCAUCUCCACCGCAUUUGUGGAGCCUCAGAAGCCAGAGUACCAAAUGGAGGUGAAGACUGAUACAGUAGGAGUUCCUUGCAGCAUGGAGCUGACAGUAGAGCUGCCAAAGGUACGCUCUAUGUCAGAGUGCCAGCUGAGAGUGUCCAAGGAAGAUGUCUUACUGGAGGUGGACGAGGUUUAUUAUUUACUUCUGGAUUGGCCAAAUACCGUAAAUGAAGACACUGCCUCUGCCAUCUUCAACAAGAAAAAACGAAGGCUUAGGUUGAAAGUUGAUGUUUUGUGAACAUUUUCCAAAGGGAAUGUAAAAAUAACCCAAACAAACUUGCAAUGUAACAGCAGGGUAGACUGCAGAAGGACCCAUGUCCUGCCUCAAACUAAGAAAUAACAAAUAUGCCUGUAAACUGAUCUACUUUUAAUGGCAAUAUCUUUUUAUAGAAAUGUUUUACAGUGUCCUUUUGUGCUUUGUGGACUGAUCUGCAGCAAAUGUAACCCCCCUCCCCAAACCUCUCCAAAAGAAUAAUUGACAUUAAUGACAGUCUGCAGAGUCUGUUUACU